CGUAGAAAGCGUUAAGGGAGCACACCAAGAUUUAUACUAGUGCUCUUGUUGCUUGUUCCUUAUCAUGUCUGCGGAAGAUGUCAUUACCCUAAGCCGUGAUCAACGCGAUGACCGCAUCGACGAUUUACAACAUACAGUGCAUCAGAUGCAGCAUGAUCUGGAGUCGAAAUUCGCGCGGUUGGAAGCGUUGGUUUUGGUGAAUCGGCCGCCUCUGCUGCCACCACCUACAGGACAGACGCCCAUCGGGAACAAUGUCCAUCCUCCCUUCGGCGAGUCUCCGUCGUCGUCGCAUGGUAGCCUGCCCAAACCAAAGCUCGAUGCGCCCAAAACAGACGGGUCUGAUCCCUUGCGUUGGCUCUAUAAGGUCCAGGAAUACUUCUCUUUUUACGAAACCUCGCAUGCGGAGCGACUCCGCCGCGUCACGUUGAUGCUUGAAGGGACGGCAGCGGAUUGGUAUCGUUGGCGACGCAAAGCCAAGCUCCGGCAGACCGGGUCCGUCAUGGAGUACCAGGCCGAGUUUGAAUGCAUUUUGCAACACGUUUCGGGGGCGCCCGAGGCCAACCUGGUCUCCUUGUUUCAUUUGGGUCUCAAGCCUCAUCUUCUCCACAAGAUCGUGUUAUUGACUCCCGAGUCUCUCGCCGAUUCGUUUGCCCUAGCGCGGGAAUUAGAGGCGAAACAUAUGGCCCUGGUCCAGUCCGUAUCCCCGCGGCAAGGUUCUUCGGUGUCCGGGGGUCUGUCCAAACCCUCUCCAGCAACUCCGUUCGUGUGGCCCCUAAGUUCUGUGCCCCUCACCGAUGCCAAACCCUCUUUCGCUACACCCAUCCGGCGGUUGACACGCGCGGAAAAAUUGGAGAAAGACGCAAAAGGGUUGUGCUAUAAUUGCGACCAACGGUGGACGAAAGGGCACCGUUGUGGGCGGGUUUUGUUCCUUAUUGGCGAUGACGAUGAUGCACCGGACUCGGUGGAUGAGGAGGAAGGUGCUGAACCGUGUGAACCGUGUGUGAUCGCCGACAUCUCCAGCCUCCAAAGCUUGACAGGCACACUCACACUUCGAUCUUUACGGCUUGCGGGAAUGAUUCACACCACGACACUCGAGGUACUAAUUGAUGGGGGUAGUACGCACAACUUUAUCCACCCACGGUUGGUGGCAAAGGUCCCCUUGCCGAUUACACAUGUGCCACCAUUUCGGGUCUACGUCGGCAACGGUGAUUAUCUCGUCUGUGAUACUUAGUGCACUAGUGUUCCCCUACAGCUCCAGGGCGUCACCUUUACAGUGGAUCUGUUCGUCCUUCACAUACAUGGCCCGGACGUGGUUUUGGGGGUACAGUGGCUACAAACCUUGGGCAAGGUGGGCCAUGACUAUUCUUCGUUAACCAUGGAGUUUAAAUGGCAGUAUAGCACGGUGACAUUACGUGGGCUGCCGCACACGGCCAAAUCAGUUUCACUCCAGGUUUUGCAGGCUAUUACACAUUCAGGGGUAGUGCACGAGUGUGUGGAGGUUCUCUGUCUAAACCCCGACCCGGACCUAGCGACUGAGACGCCCCUACCACCCCUGCCAGUGCUGAUCCAGCAAGUCCUCGAUGCCCAUGCGGCCGUGUUCUCACUGCCCACCACCUUACCACCUAAGCGCACCGUGGAUCACCGGAUUUUUCUCCAAGCCAGGACACCGCCAGUC